ACCGAUGGUUUGAAGUAGAAGCGGUUGACCCGGCCGGUCCGCGAGCAUUCCAUGGCACGGCAGUGAUCGGUUUCAACAUUUACGUGAUCGGAGGCUACAACGGCCAGGAUUAUUUGAGUUCGUGUCGAUGCUUCAACGCUGUGGAGAAAACGUGGUGCGAGGUGUCACCCAUGAACACACCCAGGUGCUACCUGAGCGUGACAGUGUUGGAAGACGUAGUGUACGCUAUGGGUGGCUAUGACGGCAUCCGCCUCCAGAGAACAGCUGAGCGUUAUGACUACCAGAAGAACCAGUGGUCCUUCAUAGCGCCCAUGAAUGUACGGCGCUCCGAUGCCAGUGCAGCCACGCUGAACGGCAAGAUCUACGUCGUUGGUGGAUUGAACGGUGGGGAUUGUAUGAAAUCAGCAGAGGUAUACGACCCAAAGACCAACCAAUGGAUCUUUAUUCCGGCCAUGAAUUUCAGACGUAGCGGCCUUUCCUGCAUCGGCUACCAUGGGCACGUGUACGCCAUAGGAGGCCUGGACGGUAGGAUUCGCAGGUCUAGUGGCGAGAAGUACAAUCCCAUAACGGGGACAUGGACGCUUAUCUCUCAUAUGCGUAGAUCCCGCAGUAAAUUCGGUAUUGAAGUGGUUGAAGACAAGAUCUUCGCCAUCGGAGGGUUCAGCCGUUCCACCACCAAACAUGAAGUAGAAUACUACGACGAAAACUCUAAUGAAUGGUUUGAAGCGAGUAAUAUGAUUGCAUGCAGAAUAGCUCUGUCGGUCUGUGUUGUCAUGGGUUUGCCUAACGCAAGUGAUUUCAUUCGUAAGACCAGGGAUCGAUCAAGGGGGAAGCACAAGGAUAUAUUUGGCCAUGAAAACUGAAAAAGACAGAGGAGUGGAAGAGCUGGAGCAAAAAAAAAAAAA